AUGGAUUCCCUUGGAAAAGGCCAGUCGGCCGGCGGCUGGAAAUCAUGGACCACCAGGAAGAAGCUCUUCGUCCUCGCGCUCGUUCUCCUCGUCAUCAUCGCCCUGGGAGUCGGUCUCGGAGUUGGACUCGGCAUCGGUCUGGGCGGCGGCGGCGGCGGCGAAGGUGAAGAAGGCUCAGGCGGGGAGACCACACCGCCAGAAGGCAACUACACCACGGCCAAGUGGCAGCCAGCGGUGGGAACCAAAUGGCAGAUCGAGCUGCUUUACGCGUUGAACGACACCUCCGUCGACGCUGAGAUCUACGACAUCGACCUGUUCAUCAACGACAAGUCCACCAUCGCAGGACUCCAACGAGCCGGCCGCAAGGUGAUCUGCUACUUCUCGGCAGGCAGCUACGAGAACUGGCGACCGGACAAGGACAAGUUCAAGGACUCGGAUCUGGGCCACGACCUGGACGACUGGCCGGGAGAGAAAUGGCUGAACAUCAGCUCGGCAAACGUACGCCAGAUCAUGCUGGACCGGUUGGACAUGGCGCGCGACAAGGGCUGCGACGGGGUGGACCCGGACAACGUCGACGGGUACGACAAUGACAACGGGCUGGACCUGACGCAGGCGGACUCGAUCAGCUUUGUGAACUUCCUGGCGAAUGCGGCGCAUGCGCGGAACAUGUCGAUUGGCCUGAAGAACGCGGGGGACAUCAUCCCGUCGGUGAUCAAAAACAUGCAGUGGAGUGUCAACGAGCAGUGUGCGCAGUACAACGAGUGCGACACCUACGCGGUGUUUCCGCAGAAUGGCAAGCCGGUGUUUCACAUCGAGUAUCCCAAGGGGGAUAAGACCAACAAUGAUCUGUCCGUCACGGCCAGUCAGAAGAACGCGGCGUGCGACUUUGCCGGCUCGGCGAAUUUCUCCACUGUCAUUAAGAAUAUGAAUCUGAACAAUUGGGUGGAAUAUUGUUAG